GGGAUUCUGGGAAGGAAGGGGCCUGCUUGAGAUGCUAAAGAAGGGACGGAGCGCGCGCCUUUGUAGCUUCGCAGGCGGAGGCUCCCGUUCUUGUUGAGGAGUGGAGCUUCUUCGGCCGAUUCAGCUCUAUAGGCCGAGGCGCGGUCGACGAUCUUCGAAGUUGGGAAGCGGAGACAUUUGAAUUCGGGAGCAGGCUCUCGCAACGUGCUGCCGUUCGAAAGAGUGCGCGUGCGCUGGAUCCAGAUAUGUGCUCAGCAUAUUUUAAAGAGAACAUGAUUAUGAAGCUGCUGUGGUAGGACUUGUAGUGUCUCUGUUCGGGGACGACGUAACUUUACCCAUAUUUUUCUGUCGAGAGAUCCGCUUGGAGUAACCAUGGGUGCCGGAGGGAGAAUGACCCGCGCUGAGGAAGCGCAGCGAGACAAGAGUAUUAGCCGUGUGCCUACAGAGAAGCCUCCAUUUUCAGUCGGCACAUUGAGGAAGGCUGUUCCUCCUCAUUGCUUCAACCGCUCCGUAUUGCGAUCUGGGAGUUACUUGGUGGUUGAUUUGCUCAUCAUAUCAGCUUUCGUGUACAGCACCACUUACUUCAACAAGUUUGAUGGCCUUGCCGCCUGGAGCUUGUGGGCUGCGUACUGGGUUGUCACUGGAUGUGUAGCUACGGGAGUUUGGGUUAUCGCCCACGAGUGUGGUCAUCAUGCAUUCAGCGAUUACGAGUGGGUUGAUGACACCGUUGGUCUCAUAUUCCACUCGUGUCUGCUGGUCCCGUACUUCUCCUGGAAGUACAGUCACCGAAGGCACCACAGCAACACCGCCAGUGUCGAACGCGACGAGGUCUUUGUCCCGAAGCCCAAAGAGGCUAUCAGGCCGACUCAGUUCUUGUUGCAGACACCCCCUGGCAGGAUCCUUCAGAUACUAGUGACCCUUACUCUGGGCUGGCCCUUGUACCUUCUGUUCAACGUGUCUGGAAGAAAGUACCCGAGAUUCGCUAAUCACUUUGAUCCCAGUGCUCCUAUCUUCAACAGCAGGGAGAUGCUGUUCAUUUUCAUUAGCGAUAUUGCCUUACUGACUGUUGCAUUCGGGCUGUACACACUCGGUGCGACUUUUGGGUUCCUUUGGCUGAUGAAGAUAUACGGAGUUCCCCUUCUGAUUGUCAACGGCUUUCUUGUUCUCAUUACUUACCUCCAACACACUCAUCCUUCUCUCCCACAUUACAGUGGAGAGGAGUGGGACUGGCUGAGGGGUGCUCUAUCGACAGUAGAUCGCGAUUAUGGGAUUCUCAACCACGUCUUCCAUCAUAUCACAGAUACCCAUGUAGCCCAUCACAUUUUCUCGACUAUGCCUCACUACCAUGCGGAGGAGGCUACCAAGGUUUUGAAGCCUAUCCUGGGUAGAUACUAUCAAUUCGACGGCACUCCUGUUUACAAGGCGUUAUGGAGGGAGAUGAAAGAAUGUGUAUAUGUGGAAGCAGAUCCUGGCUCGAAGGGUGUUUUGUGGUACAACAACAAAUUGUGAUUCCGUCGGCCUGGAGAUGCUUGGUCAGAAUGGUCCCCUGGGUUCCUACGUUCAUACACGACGAUAGUUAGCCAAUAUCUGCCGACUUAGUCCAAUGUUUCGUUUCCGAAGUGAACUCCCAAAAUGCCGGCCAAUCGAUCCUGGUGAAUUAACACCACAUUAGGUCUACAAAAGGGAUGAUGGUUUUUCACCCGUUGACCAGAGAUAGACAGCAUAUCUCCAAAAGUUUAUUACGUACAUUCCAUGUUUCAUAAACUUUAGACCGUUCGAUUGUUCGGUAUGUUUCGUCAUCUGUUCUCUACCGGUCUUUUUUUCGUUCGUAACUCCUGCAAUCAGCCCACAUUGUAUUAGUUUUUCACUCCAUUACAGCUCUCUCAUCUAGUAAUUAGACUCUAAAUCAGCGGGUUUUGGGUGCUCGGUCGCGCAGAUUUGACAAGUAUUUUGAACGGCGCGAUGUUCAUGUAUAGAGAAACAAGAGGACUCACUUGAUGUUACCUUCUCACCGUCAUCAGUAUAUACGUCUAUGACGAUUUUGCACUACAC